CUCUCUCCCCAACAGUCCAACCUCGCAUCUCCUCCUACGAAGAUGUCUACUUCUCAGGGCCUGCAAAAGGGCAAGGCCCAGCCAGCGCCUCAACAGCAUCCGACGACCACUCCGGCGUCGACCGUUAAGUCGAAGAAGGAUUCCAAGCUCUCUAACACUCCCUCUACCAUGUCUACCAAGCCUGCAGUUGUACCCCCUUCUCAGGACCCUGUGAAGAAGGUCUCGCGUCGCGGAAGUAAGCCAAUUAUCAACUGGUUCCAGCGCAAGCUUGCAGGUACCGUCCGGGCACGUCGGGCUUCUGAAUCGCAACGCUUCAACACGGUCCCUGUGCGUACCGGGAAGGACAAGCAACAUCGUCGCAUCUCCGCCCCUAUGCCCCCACCCCUCACGAUCCAAUCACGCACUCGCAGUAACAACAAUUCAAGGCAGAACGGUAGUCACAGUCGUCUUUCGGGCUCGCGUGGUGGCGCGAUCUCGCUGAACGAGACGACCGACGGUGCAGACAGUGGAUCCUACACGAGCGACUCGGAGGAUGGCCGACACUCGUCACUUGCGCGCGACUCGACAUACUCUCCGGCAAGCUACUUCGAGGCGGACGAAGAUGCGUCGGUGCGGCCCCUUCCCCCUAGCUCGCCACCUUCCCCUUCUCCAUCGCGCUCCUCGUCAUCCUACCUGUCGCAUUCCCGCACAUUCCGCAGCAUGACAGCAAGCACGAAGCCCACGACUUUGCUGAGCAUCGAUCUUACGGGUGGCAUGGCUCACAUUGCGCAGGCCCCACCGACCCCAAACACCACGGGACAUCGUAUUCCUCCCCAUAUCCGGACACAUUCAUCGGGCCCCUCUUCCGGCUCUAUCACUUUCUCUGCCAUUCCUCCCCCAUCCCCCACGAACCCUUCGCGUCCGUCCUCUGGGAACUCUGGCGCGGGAGAUCCGCGUGGCGCCACACUCACUGCGCCACUGUACACAACCCAUCAUCCGCGCAACAACCCUCGCCCGUCUUCCCCUCCCCCUGACGAUGCUUCAAUGCUUACGCUCGCUUCGUCCGCGUUCGGGAUGCCGGGAGCACGCAUGGGCGCGACUGCUGGGGCUGGGAGAGGCUCGAUUGCAGACGACUCCGUAUCUCACUGGAGUCAUGUGGCGGGCCUCACCGAUAGCACCAGCCACUUCAUGAUGAACGAACUCGAAGAGGGGGCUGAAGAAGGACGCUACACAUACAACGACCAUGAUGUCGAUGCUAGCGUUCGUGCGCUGCGACCGAGGAGUUCCCGCCGCGGAAGCUGGGACAGCACUGUCAGCGGCUGGAGUGCCAACGUUGCACUCGCUGUUGGCACAUCCAGCCCAGGCGGAAUUAGGAGACAGGGGCUAUGGAGGUCGGGAAGUCUCAGGACGGGCGGGUUGAGCACGGAGAACGAAGAAGUCUUCGAAGACGGGUUUUCAGGGGCGCAAGAAGACGGGGAGAAGCAGUCUGCUCAGGACAACCAGGAGGAGUUGGAGGGAAGCGUCGCGACCACUGAGGAGACGGAAGAGGCCACGCUUGCCACUACGAAGACUCCCCCUGCGUCCGCGCCGGACGAUGUGGCGUCCACACUAUCUCUACCCGGAUCGAAGACAGCGGGGGCAGACGAUCUCGCGUCGACGGCAACCCUUCCAGGUUCCAAGGCGCACUCUGAAGUGCCUACGCCGGACAACGCGUCCAGCGAUGCCGUCAAGAGCGGAGCGUCUACGCCUACCAAGGCUGAGUUCAGCCCUGUUGCUUCGGGCCAAGUCCCUGCAGCCCUGAAUCUGGAGGAGGCAAAGGACGUGGAGGCCCAUAGGCUAUCUGCUCAGCUCAGCCCGGCGAGCACGGAUGCGCACACUGUCUACCACUCCGUGCCGUCAACCCCGGCUGCUUAAUGUCCUCAGCUAGCCUUUCCUUGGUGUCUUCGGCUGUCUAUCUUACCACCGGUCUUGAAUUGCGAAUGUCCCUCGUUUCUAUACUAUCCAUCAUGUCUGUUGAACCGGUGUGGUCGAGGCUGAGUCUGGCCGCUGUGUAUCUAUGCUCUACCCUAGUGAUCGUGUACUGUAUUGUAUAAAUCGAACCUCGUAUGCUGCC